AUGAUCCGAGUGAAGAAGGAGGUGACGGCCAUCGAGGAGACUUGGACGGGACGGCUGGACAGCUUACGAGCAUCUCAAGAUUCUUUGCAGACCGCCUUGAAGAGUGUCGAGGAGGAGACGGUUUGGCAACGGCAGCUGGCGGGCCUGCGGGCGGAGCUGUCCCAGGAGGUCCAGGAAGCCACCGCCGAGCUGUCCAAGAACAUCGUGGCCUGCCAGGGCCGAUUAAGCUCCGCCCGCCUGGACACGCACGACAAGAUGCAGGCUCUGGAAGAAAGGCCCGGGCACCCGGUGCUUCCAUCCGCUUAG